AUGGAACGUGUAAAUCUUAAAACAAUACCAACAAUUGUGCAAAAUAUGAAGGAAGAAGAUAUAGAUGAGGAUUAUUCAGAGUUUAUACCAUUGAAUAAACCUAAAAACUAUAAUGUUGAAAAAUUAAUAAAAAUGUCGGCAAUGGCUUGUGCAUGUACCUUCGGGGUUGGGAGUCAUUUUGCGAUACAUAUAAUAGGUCCCUUAAAAGGGAUAUUAAUGGAGCAACUUGAUUUAACAAAUACACAAUUUUCAUUAUUGAUUGCUUCACUUACCUUAUGUAAUACAAUAAUACCAAUAGUUUCUGGUUUACUUGUGGCAAGAUUUGGCACUACAAAAAGUUCCUUAGUAACGACAACUAUAAUUUUGAUAGGAAUGAUAAUUGUAACAGGAGCAAGUUGGACCGGUAAAGUUGGUUUGAUGAUCAUUGGAUUUAUGGUGUUUGGCACUGGAAUAGCUCCUUUAAUGAUUGUUCAAGAAACAAUAAUUGUACAAUUCUUUCAAGGGAAUGGACUAGGAUUUGCCUUGGCUCUUGGAUUGACAUUUGGAAGAUUAGCAUCAUUUUUUGCAACAAUUUUAGCUGUACCAUUAUCUUUGAUGCCACAAUUAGGAUAUCGUACACCAUUUUUUGUGGCAACAUUUACAUGUUUUAUUUCUUGGGUAAUGAGCAUAAUAUAUGUAUUUCUUUUGAGUUAUGCGGAUAAUAGAAAAAAUCGUAGUAAAGAGGGUGAAGCUGUCAAUAAAUUGAUAAAAAAUAAAAAAGUACAUUGGGAUGAUAUAUUUCAACUUUCUGAUCUUUUUUGGUGGUUUCUUGUAGUAGGUUUAUUGUUUGGAACAUCAAUGCCUCCAUUUCUUCAUUUAUCAAGCAAUAUAAUAAAACAUCGAUUUGAUACAACAGAUAUGUUGGCAGCAUGGGAUGCAUCUAUAAUAUUAUUAAUACCUGUAAUAUUAUACCCAUUUUUGGGAUUAUUUAUGGAUAAAUAUGGGAUGAGAUUGUAUAUACUAAUUUCCGGAUCUGCAGCAAUUUUAAUGACAUUUUUGUUAUUUUUACUACCACCAAAAUUGGUUCAUUCAUAUCCACCAAUUCUACUUUUUGCAUUUGCCUAUGCCUCAGUUCCAUUAACACUUGUCACCUUAGUACCAUUAUUGACAAAACAUGUAUCAACUGGGCUUGGAUUAUUAAAAAGUGUUGAUAAUAUUGGGGCAACAUUAACUCAGACAUUUGCAGGACUUUUAUUAGAUGAACAUGUUAAAAGGAAAAAAUACGAAAUUAGUAAUGGAAUUGAAUAUGGACAUGAGGAUGAUGAUUUAGUGGCUUUAAGAAUGUUUGCCAUCCUAAGUUUUCUUUUACUUUUAAGUAGUUUGGUAUUUUGGUGGGCAGAUAAGAAAUAUAGAGAUGAAAUGGAAGAAAUGCAAAGCAGUGAAAGUAUGCGAAUGGUGGUCAUAGAAGAUGAAAUAACAUUCGUUAAAACAGCAUUGUCAAAAAAGAAAAAGAGAACAAUAGUUUAUAUUGGAAUAAUUGCCUUAUUGUUAUUAAUUUGUUGGUUAACCUUUGCGAUUGUUGCUUUUGAAAAGGCUGGAGUACAUGCUAGUGGUGAUAACAACUCUGAAUGA